GCCAAGAUUUGGCGGGAACGAAUUCUACAACGGAAACUGUUGACUCUGCUCGCAGCUCUGCUCGCGUUGUUCCUCCUACUCCAGCCGUCAUCAUGAGAUCUCAUUCCACAAGGAUUGUUCACGAAGGAGAUGAUCAAGACCUCGUUUGCAGUUGCAAAUCAUUGAAUUCUUAUACGCUCUGGCUCAAGAACGGAGAACAGAUGAACGACGGUGAAAUAGUCGACAUAGUGUCCAUGCAAGGCAGCGAUUCUUUACUGCGUUCAACGUUGACCAUCAGAUCAGCUGAGCAAUCGGAUAACGGCGUCUACACUUGUAUUUUCAUCAGCGAAACUGGAGAAAGCUCGUUGAAGACAUUCGACCUUUUGGUGACGGUGCCAAGUCCUAUUAAAGUGAUGGGAGAUUUUUUUAAUCAAAAGGGGAUUACUGCUAUUAUUGGCGUCAUGGCCGCGCUCAUCAUCCUCAUGGCGAUCGCUACCGCCUUGAGUUAUCAGUCUGCUCUUACUUGUAAAAGCAAAAGAGACAAGAGGGAGGCACGUGCAAAAAGUCCUUCUGAAGUUUCUGGUGGUCACCUUAGCAGCCCAUUCGUCCUUGGCACGGAUACCCAAACAAGGAUUUCGCCAUCGUCACUAGUAUAGAGGGGACAAGUCCGUCUUCAACGAGGAAACGAAAAUAUCCUCUAUGAGUCGAUGGAAACCUGCAAACCAAAAUUGUUAAUAUAAAACAUGAUCAUGACUGUGCCAUUUGCCUAUUCACCGUCGCCCAUUGGUUUCUCGGAAUUUGACUUGCUCGAAUGACUUGACUUUAUUUCACCUUUGAGAGUUCGUGUGCUUUUACCUGAUUUUUUGAGCCAGCGGGUUAGCUGAUUAGGCGCUCCCUUACUGUAUUUAACUGCACAUCAUUUCAAUAUAGUUUACAUCUUUACAUGGUGUGGCUAUAAUUUUAUGUUCGUCGUCUGUUCAACCGUUAUACAGUUGACCAGCUUUUGAAUGACGAAAAGCUACAAAUUUUCUAGACCAACUGAGUUAUGAUUAAGCUUAUUUAUGAUUGGAGGUUGCUGGAUCGCUUUGCACCACCGUGACCGACAUCAAGUUGGGGGGAGGGGGACAAAAAAAUGCCUGUGGCAUUUAGAAAGUGACAGCGUUCUUGGCGCGUAACAGUAAGUUUUUUUUUUUUCUUUUAGGCAUUCUUCUUUUUUGUUGGCUUGUCGAUUUUCUUACCUAAGAUCUAUUAAAACGAUACUUUCCUACUGAUUGCACCAGAGAGCUAGUGCAUGGCUUUUGACGUUUCGAUGCCAUUCGGCAAUGGCCUCGUUUAAAGAGAACUGGGUUUUAAGCCUGGAACGAGCUAUCAAUGGCAUUCUCGUUUGUGUCAAUCCGGUUUUAAUAAUUCAAAUGAAUGAUCUAAAUGUCGACAAGAGAAUGGGCUGAGUUGCCAUAGGCACUCGAGCAGUCAUUUGUUUUCCUCCAGUUUUAGCAGACAGCCAGAAACCAGAAGCUGUCAGGAAUGUCAAGGUAAUUGUUUGAUUCGCUAGUGAUUUGGCGUUAGGGAUGCUGAUUGAUGGACGUAAAUUACCAAAAGGGUUUCUCUUUAAUUACAUCUGGUGUUUCAUGGCUGGAGAUUCUGACUUCUCUCUAAUUGCAAGAGAUGCUAAUUAUCUCUUGGUUGGCAACCACGUUGUCAUAGGCACCGCACUAGUUUAAAUGGAGUUUCUGUCCUCAAGAUCAAUCGAUACAAUUCCAAUGGCAAACAGCUGACGAAAUGGCCAUCUACCACGCAAUCGGAACUCGGAAGUAUAAAUAAGCUGGUGGAUCACUGAUCCAAUUGCAAGAAAAGAACUCCAGGACAGUAGAGUUCAUCAUGGAUGCUGGAAGUAUGUGCUCCAGCCUGGUGGUCAUCUUCGAAGAAGACGGAACAGCGGAACAGGAAGAAAUUGUCGACGAAUUAACCGUCAGGUAUCGUCGCCCUCUGACAUUGCUUCGCAGCCGCCAUGGAAAAAUUCAAGCUUUCGAUGAAAUUACGGAUCAAGAGCAGCACUACUACUUAGGAGAAGUCAUUUUAGUGACAUCGUCGAAUUCUUCUAAGAUUGGAGACAAACUGUUACAAGAUGCCCGCAACGAGAGACUUCAUUUGUUGAUUGAACGUGGCCAACGUCUCGUGGAGAUCCACAAAUGGAUGGUGAGUGACCGACUUCAAAUAGACUACGUAUUGAAAAAUAACAACGUGAGCUGGGGAACAUUGACUGGGCAACGCAAAAUGCUGAUGGGUAGAUACUUGACAAUAGCAACGCUCGAUUUUCCACCCAUCGUUUUCGCCAAGAAGAACGAAAGUGGCAAAGUCAUUGCUUCAGGAAUUGAGCCAUCAUUAGUCGCCAUACUGGCAGACAAACUCGAUUUUAAAGUCAACUAUAUUCUGCCAGUUAACGACGAAAUGUGGGGCACCUUGGUUUUUAAUGGAUCAAAAAACGUCACCGUCACGGGCUUGCUAGGUUUCCUGCACCGGAAAGAAGCCGACGUAUCUUACGGGGAUCUGCACAUGCAGCAACGAUUGCUGCCUUACGUCGAUUUCACUCGAGCCUUUAGAAAUAAUCACGAAUGUUUUCUUGUACCAGCUCCUCGUCCCUAUGCAAAAUGGACUGCACUGUACCAUCCCUUUUCCUCGGACAUUUGGACUGCAACUGGUUUGGUUUGUAUUUUUGCCGUCGCGACGCUACGACUACUAGCCAAAUGGUCGUCUUGGCGUUCGAAUGAAGACGGGUUUUUCUCCGAUACUAUGGUUUGUUUUCUCUAUAUUUUAGGCAACAUGUUGUCUGCUCAACAGCCACAAGAAAUCCGUAUGUCGGCUAAUCGAUUGUUUCUCAUUUGGUGGCUAUUGGCAGCUGCUACCGUAAUUCCAACUGUGUAUCGUUCUGGUCUUAUUUCGUACAUAACCUUUCCUUACACUCCUGCUCCAAUUGACACAAUUCAGCAACUCGUCGAUAGUCCUCUGAAAAAAAUCAGUUGGGGAGAUUAUUUCAAGACGAGUCUGUUGAAUUCCAACGAUCCGCUUCAUCGUAAAUUGGGCGAACAAUUUGCUAUUGCUACCAAUCUGACUCAAAUGUUUUCAUUGCUGGAAACUGAUUCAUGGGCUGUGAUGUCGAACCAGGGGAACCUCCGUUAUCAGGCGGCUGCUUUAUUCCCCCCAAGUAGUGAUGGUCCUCGUGUACACCUAAUGACAGAAUGCGUGUUCCCCACACGUUCGGCUCUAGGACUCCAAAAAGGUUCUUCGCUGAAGCCAUAUUUUGACAAGAAAAUUUAUCGUCUUGCCGAAGCUGGAAUUGUAGAGCAUAUUUCGUCACAAUUUGCCAAAAAACAAAAACCAUGGGACCCUACCAAGUCCAGAAAGUUAGCCGCUUACUCGUUGGACGAUUUGCAAGGGGCUUUCUAUUUGUUGGCAUUGAGUAUUGCCUUUUCUUUUCUAAUCUUCUUGUCUGAAGUCAUUUUUGGCUACCGUAAACGAAAAUUUUCCACGGGCAAAUAAUCGUGGACUGCCGUCCGUAUCCGAAUGGGGCACGAGGCAAACGACUAAGUAUUAGGGUGCUAGACGGCUGGGCUCACAAAGAAUUAGUUUAUGAAUACAUUGAAAUUAUUUUUGACACACCCCAUGAUUAUAAAUGGUAGUUUUUGUUUGAUUAAUGGCACAUACAUCAAAAAUACUGAACGGUUUCUUUGAUAUUAUUGUAGUAUAAAAGAUUAUUGUUCCUGUUUCUAAUUGAGAUCUGGAAUUCAUAACAUUUUCUUCGAUUUCAAUACACGUGCAUUGUAACCUGUC